AUGGCUAGGGAAAAGACUUCCAUUCCGCAUAAAAUCGCAAACUCGAACCAAAACAUGGGAGGCAGUAGCCAACGCAGUUCGGACGGCGGAAAGUCCAAGUUAGCCGGAGGCCGUAAAGAGAAGAAGAGAUCGAAUUCCAACUCAUCAUCCUCCUCGUCACAUGGUAGCCACCGCGAAAAGAAGAAGAGAGAUAUCGGUUCAUCCAACAGAAACCCAGAUAGCGAGCAGUUGUCCUCGCAGUCUCCUGGCACUAGCCUGGAUCCACUGGAUGACGGUUCUGAGGAUUCAGAGGCAGGGAGUCAUGUUCCCCAUGUUGACGACAAGACUCGCUUAGCCGAACAAAGAGAGAGUCGGCGCUUGAAGGCGAGAUACGCCCGCAAUCAUCCAGGUGUUGGAUACCCGGAUCAAUAUCCAAACCACGCCGCCAUGGCGAUUCAGACUAUAGAUAACGCGGGUAUUCCUGGAUACAACGAAACUCUGUCCACCUUACCGGUUUAUUACAACCCGGUACUCAAUAUUGAGGGCGUAGACAAUGCCGAAGUCGACGACUAUGGGAACGGCUACCCUCAAGUGGAUACCGAUAACAACAGCUACGCAUGCGGCUACUCAGCCCACAAGAGCUAUUGGCGUAGUUAG